AUGGUAAAGGAUGAUACAGAAAAUGGCAAUUUCUCUGUGGUAAAGAAUGCUAUAGAAAAUGGCAGUUUGACGGUGGUAAAGAAUGAUGCAGAAAAUGGCAGUGUGACCGCGGUAAAGGAGGUUACAGAAAAUAACAGUUUAACGAUGGUAAAGGAUGAUACAGAAAAUGGCAAUUUCACUCUGGUAAAGAAUGAUAUAGAAAAUGGCAGUUUGACGGUGGUAAAGGAUGAAACAGAAAAUGACAGUUUGCCCGUGAUAAAGGAUGAUACAGAAAAUGACGAAAAUUGCAGUUUGACCGUGGUAAAGGAUGAUACUGAAAAUGGCAGUUUAACUAUGGUAAAGGAUGAUACAGAAAAUGGCAAUUUCUCUGUGGUAAAGAAUGCUAUAGAAAAUGGCAGUUUGACGGUGGUAAAGAAUGAUGCAGAAAAUGGCAGUGUAACCGUGGUAAAGGAGGUUACAGAAAAUAACAGUUUAACGAUGCAUGAAACACAACAUGGCAGUUUGACCGUGGUAAAGGAGGAUACAGAAAAUGGCAGUGUGACCGUAGUAAAGGAUGAUACUGAAAAUGGCAAUUUGCCCGUGGUAAAGAAUGAUACAGAAAAUGACAACUUAACGAUGGUAAAGGAUGAUACAGAAAAUGGCAAUUUCACUGUGGUAAAGAAUGAUAAUGAAAAUGGCAGUUUGACUGUGGUAAAGAAUGAUACAGAAAAUGACAGUUUUACGAUGGUAAAGGAUGAUACAGAAAAUGGCAAUUUCACUGUGCUGUGUUUCACCGUGGUAAAGGAUAAAACAGAAAAUGGCAGUUUGACCGUGGUAACGGAUGAUACUGAAAAAGAUAGUUUUAGUGUGGUAAAGGAUGAUACAUCAAAUGGCAGUGAAACCGUGGUAAAGAAUGACACAGAAAAUAACAGUUUUAUUGUGGUAAAGGAUCAAACAGAAAAUUGCAGUUUGACUGUUGUAAAGGAUGAUACAGAAAAUGGCAGUUUGCCCGUGGUAAAGGAGGAUACAGAAAAUGACUGUUUGACCGUGAAUGAUACAGAAAAUGACAGCUUUACGAUGGUAAAGGAUGAUACAGAAAAUGGCAAUUUCACUGUGGUAAAGAAUGAUAAUGAAAAUGGCAGUUUGACUGUGGUAAAGAAUGAUACAGAAAAUGACAGUUUUACGAUGGUAAAGGAUGAUACAGAAAAUGGCAAUUUCACUGUGGAUAAAACAGAAAAUGGCAGUUUGACCGUGGUAACGGAUGAUACUGAAAAAGAUAGUUUUAGUGUGGUAAAGGAUGAUACAUCAAAUGGCAGUGAAACCGUGGUAAAGAAUGACACAGAAAAUAACAGUUUUAUUGUGGUAAAGGAUCAAACAGAAAAUUGCAGUUUGACUGUUGUAAAGGAUGAUACAGAAAAUGGCAGUUUGCCCGUGGUAAAGGAGGAUACAGAAAAUGACUGUUUGACCAUGGAGGAUGCAGAAAAUGGCAUUUUGACCGUGGUAAAGGAGGAUACAGAAAAUGGCAGUUUGACCAUGGUAAAGAAUAAUACUGAAAAUGGCAGUGUGACUGUGGUAAAGAAUGAUACAGAAAAUAAAAGUUUAACGAAGGUAAGGGAUGAUACAGAAAAUGGCAAUUUCACUGUGGUAAAGAAAGAUAUAGAAAAUGGCAGUUUGACGGUGAUAAAGGAUGAAACAGAAAAUGGCAGUUUGACCGUGCAUGAAACACAACAUGGCAGUUUGACCGUGGUAAAGGAGGAUACAGAAAAUGGCAGUGUGACCGUAGUAAAGGAUGAUACUGAAAAUGGCAGUUUGCCCGUGGUAAAGAAUGAUACAGAAAAUGACAGCUUAACGAUGGUAAAGGAUGAUACAGAAAAUGGCAAUUUCACUGUGGUAAAGAAUGAUAAUGAAAAUGGCAGCUUGACUGUGGUAAAGAAUGAUACAGAAAAUGACAGUUUUACGAUGGUAAAGGAUGAUACAGAAAAUGGCAAUUUCACUGUGCUGUGGUAA